CUCCAAUGUCAGAGCAAGUUCAAGUACGCUUUGUCACUGAAAGCCAAUACAAAGUCAGCGAUGCUGCUAUGCUGCUUCCUUCUGAUAUAAAGAAGGAAGGGCUUUCAGAGAUUGUCAACGGUUUACUUGACAAUGAAACACCUGUUCCCUUCGACUUUUUAAUCGAUGGCCAAUUAUUAAGAACAAGUAUUGCAGAAUACCUCAAUAUGAACAGGCUUUCAACUGAAAACUUGAUCACCAUUGAAUAUGUCGAGUCUAUGCUUCCACCUGUUCCCUUGACUGCCUAUCAACAUGAUGAUUGGAUUAGUUCUGUCACCGGAAACCGUGGACUCUUUGUCACUGGUUCAUAUGAUAACAUGGUUCGAUUAUGGAAUACGACAGGCGAAUGUAUUUCCACUUUGGUUGGACAUACAGAUUCAGUCAAAAGUGUUGCGCUUGGACGUGUCGAUGAUAAUAAGGCCAUUGUCUUUUCUGGAUCAUUGGAUCAUAGCGUGUUGGCUUGGGAGUAUUCUUUUGAUGAUGAAUCUUAUCGUUUGAUGUAUGAGUGCAAGGGACACAAGGGUCCAGUUGAAUCAGUUGCUACAGAUUCGAACGGUAACUAUAUUGCCAGUGCUGCAGCAGAUGGUAUUGUCAGAGUUUGGACGUCAUCAGAACCUACUGAAGAUGAGUCCUUGGAAGAAGAACCAAAGAAAAAGAAAAAGAAGACCGUAAAUAGCAGAAAGAUAAAGACAAAAUCACUUGAAUUAGAGGGACAUGUUGGCGCUGUCAAUGCUGUUACUUUCAAUACGGUCAAUUCCAAUAUUGUAUAUACCGGUGGCUGGGAUCAUUCUAUCAGAAGCUGGGACGUUGAACAGCAAGUCAACUUGGUCACAAAGAACUGUGAAAAGGUAGUGUUAGGCGUAGAUUACUCUUCACGCGCACAACUGCUGGCUACAGGCCACGCUGACAACACAAUUCGAUUAUGGGAUCUUAAAUCAGACGAUGGCACAAACGUAAAAUUAGCACUACGUGGACACUCUGCCUGGGUAUCCUCUGUCAGUUGGUCAAAGACGUCCGAACAUAUGUUAUGUUCAGGAUCAUACGACUCUACAGUACGUGUCUGGGAUAUUCGUAGCAGCAAAGAGCCUUUAUACACCAUGGAUAGUGCAGAGAAUAAAGAAAAAGUCCUGAGUGUGUACUGGGACAAUGAAAAGAUACUCAGCGGUGGUGAAGAAAAGAAGCUGAGAAUAUAUCAGGCAAAGGUUUAGAAAUAUACAUAUAUAUUUAUAUAGAAUAAAAAGAAAAGUGUAUUAUAUGUCUCUACGUGCAAGGACAGAAUUGCUUUAUACAUCGUUGCCAUGCGGGGAUAUCCUGGGUUACAUCAUUGCAGAAUUGAAAUACACCAUCUAAAGAAAAAAAAAAAGCGAGUCUCUUAUAUAUAUUAUAUAUAUUUUUUACCUUGUAAAGUUGAGCAACUCUUGCUAUCGUUCAACGUACCAUUGCUUCGAUUAAAGCAUAGACAUAAAGUAGUAUCUCGGUCAUCUUGUGUAGAAUCUGUCAUGAUACAUUUGCACCCGAUCUCACUAAAAUUGACACCGACUUUUGACAGACUUGUCUGUAGCUGUAGUUUACUUGGUCUUGCCAAGACAGACAAGAUACAAAAGAAGAAGAAUAAG